UCGGAGCCAUGAAGCUCCUCUGCAGCAUAUCCACGGUUUACCUGCUGCUCUUCUGCCUCCCAGCGUGCCUUGCUGCACAUGGUCGCUAUGCUCAGAAGCUGAUGACUGACUUGUUCUCUAACUACACCAGCGCCUUGCGUCCGGUGGAGGACACCGACCACAUCAUCAACGUCACACUGCAGAUCACUCUCUCCCAGAUCAUCGACAUGGAUGAGCGUAACCAGAUCCUGACCACAUACCUGUGGGUCCGCCAGGUGUGGAAUGACGCCUACCUCACGUGGAAGAAAGAGGACUAUGAUGGUCUCGACACUAUCCGCAUACCCAGCAGCUACGUAUGGAGACCUGACAUUGUUCUGUACAACAGUGCAGACGACGAGUUUUCCAGCUCCAUGGAGACCAACGUGGUGAUUCGUCACGACGGGCAGAUAAUGUGGGACCAGCCAGCCAUCACCAAAAGCUCCUGCUCCGUGGAUGUGGCCUUCUUCCCCUUCGAUCUGCAGCAGUGUCACCUAACCUUUGGGUCCUGGACUCACAACGGCAACCAGAUGGACUUGUUCAAUGCCUUAGACACUGCGGACCUGGCAGACUUCGUGCCCAAUGUGGAGUGGGAGGUCCUGGGCAUGCCAGCCAAGAAGAAUGUAAUCUUGUACGGUUGCUGUUCUGAUCCGUACCCAGACAUCACCUUCAGCCUCCACCUGAAGAGACGGGCCUCCUUCUACAUCUUCAACCUCCUCAUCCCCUGCAUGAUGAUUUCCUUUCUGGCGCCAUUGGGCUUUUACCUGCCGGCAGAUUCUGGUGAAAAAGUUUCUCUGGGUGUCACCGUGCUGCUGGCCCUCACCGUCUUUCAGUUGCUGGUGGCUGAGAGCAUGCCACCCUCCGAGAGCGUCCCACUGAUAGGAAAAUACUACAUCGCUACCAUGACGAUGGUGACUACCUCCACAGCGCUCACCAUCUUCAUCAUGAACAUCCACCACUGCGGCCCCGAGGCUCGUCCCGUCCCACAGUGGGCCGAGCGCUUCAUCCUGAACUACCUCGCCCGCAUCUGUUUCGUAUACGAGGUCGGUGAGAACUGCCUCGGCGGGGCGACCUCCAGCAAGCGGCCUCCGUCUGAGGAGGGGUCUGAAGCCCGAGCAGCAAACAACAGCAACCCAAAAGGAACAAACUGGGACGUGAACGGGCAAGUGUGGGCCGGGAGGGUGGAGGAGGACGGGGCGGGGGAAUCAAUGAAGCCGGGGCGGGAUUCAAGCAACCAGACGGAGUGGACGGAGGACAUGUUUGUGACCAUCGACCACUCCGAGGAGGAAGGAGCUGCAGGAGGAUGUGACGGGGAGCGAGAGGAGUCAGCCUGUGGAGGGGGAGGAGGGGAGCAUGUGGAGGAAAGGAAAGGCGUAGGAGGUGAAGAGGCCGGCGGAGGUGAAGAGGCCGGCGGAGGCAGCGCCAGGGAGAACAGGAGGGAGACCUUUGUGAAAACCGUGUGUGUGUGCCAGCACCAGGGACUACGCAAACAUGUCGAGUACAUUGCCAACUCGUACCAGGACCAGCGGGCCGCACAGCUGCGCAUCGGGGAGUGGAGGAAGGUCGCCAAGGUCAUGGACCGCUUCUUCAUGUGGCUCUUCUUCAUUAUGGUCUUCUUCAUGAGCAUCCUCAUCCUGGGGAAAGCCAUCUGAUGGAAAUCCAACUUCAGAGAUUCCCGUGAGAUGAUAAUGCUGGUUUUGAGUUGGCACCCCGAUGCAGUGGUUUGUUUUGAACGUGUUAAAUCAUACUUACCUUCAAACACGUGAACAAUGUUAUCACACUGAUCGUUAUCAAUGACAUCAAACGCACAGAAAUACAGCCAUCACGUCCCCUUUGCUCCUGGUAUCAGCACAUCCCAUGCACUUUACUAGAGUACUUUUAAUAUCUGGAUGACAUUUCAAACUAAGUUCCAGCUGGCGCACUUGAAGCUGAUUUUAGCAUGUUUCACUUGUUUGGAGGAAAACUUGAUUUUAAGGAUAAAUAUCAUCAUUAAAUAUUUUUAAGAGAUGAAGGCAGCAUGACAUGAUGUACCAGGCUUCCAUCGUUACAUU